AAAGCCAAUUUUGAAGUGGCUUAUACCAAAUUACCAAAAAAGUCAACGCCCUCACAUAUAAGUCAAAAGGGACAUCAAUAUUCUCACGCAAUCCUGAUAUUGAAGCCCUUCAAUCCAUAAUGUCGAGAAUUGGUGUUGUUACCGGUGGAAACAAAGGCGUCGGUUUCGAAAUAUGCCGGCAACUGGCUGCUGAUAAAGUCACGGUGGUGUUGACUGCAAGAGACCAAAAAAGGGGCGUUGACGCCGUCGCUAAACUGCACUCUUCCGGUUUACCCGACGUCGUUUUUCACCAGCUCGAUGUCACAGAUCCGGCCAGUAUUGCUUCUUUCGCCAAUUUCAUUGAUACCCGGUUCGGAAAAUUAGAUAUAUUGGUGAAUAAUGCUGGAGUCGUUAGUACUACAGUCGACGAGGAGUCGUUUUGGAGUAUAGACCUUCCAUCUGAGGUAAAAGAUGAAAAGGCGAAACAGGCGAAGAAAAUCGUAACACAAACAUUUGAAGGAGCCCAAAAGUGCAUGGAAACCAAUUAUUAUGGAGCUAAACAUGUCACUCAAGCUUUGCUAACGCUUCUUCUUAAAUCUAACUCUCCGAGAGUAGUCAACGUCUCAUCCAAAUUGGGUCAACUAGAGAAUGUUCAAGAUGAAAGCGCAAGGAAUAUUCUUAGUGAUGUUGAUGGAUUGACUGAGGAAGUUGUGGAUGAGGUUGUGAAGGAGUAUCUAAAAGAUGUUAAAGAUGAAGAACUGUUGAAAAAGAAAGGGUGGUCUAGUAAUGUUUCUGGGUAUAUUGUGUCCAAAGCGGCUCUUAACGCGUACACGAGGAUCUUGGCCAAGAAUUAUCCAUCAUUGUGUGCAAAUGCAGUUAGUCCUGGUUUUGUUGCGACAGAUAUGACAUUUUCUAAAGGAACUUCAACUGCCGAAGAAGGUGCGAGAGGGCCUGUGAGACUAGCUUUGAUGCCAGACGGUGGGCCCUCGGGUCAAUACUUUUGGACAAUACGAGACUCUACUUUUUAAUACGAAGUAGAAGUCGUCGAUGAAAGUUGAGAGUUGGAUGAGUUUGCUAAUGUAUAAAAUAAAGCGAAGAAAAGAUUGAUGUUGUAACACUAUACAUGUUUAACCUUUUUGGUGGCCUAAAGUGUAACACCUGUACUUUUAAAGACUCAAUAAAAUUGGUUAUCCAAUUACUAGAA